AUGGACGACCAAACUGACGACAGACGGAACACCAGGGAGACGGCAUGGACGAUCAGACAGACGAUUGACGGAACACCAGGGAGACGUCAUGGACGAUCAGACAGACAGACGACAGACGGAACACAAGGGAGACGUCACAGACAGACGACAGACGGAACACUAGGAAGACGGGAAGGAAAAGACAGACAUCGGGACUUCCGGGAAUGCAAAUACAGACACCGGGACUUCCGGGAAGGCAAAGACAGACACCGGGACUUCCGGCAAGGCAAAGACAGACACCGGGACUUCCGGGAAGGAAAAGAAAGACAUCGGGACUUCCGGGAAGGCAUUGACAGAAACCGGGACUUCCGGAAAGGCAAAACCGACACCGGGACUUCCGGGAAGGCAAAGACAGACACCGGUACUUCCGGGAAGGCAAAGACAGACACCGGGACUUCCAGGAAGGCAAAGACAGACACCGGGACUUCCGGGAAGGCAAAUACCGACACCGGGACUUCCGGGAAGGCAAAGACAGACACCGGUACUUCCGGGAAGGCAAAGACAGACACCGGGACUUCCGUGAAGGCAAAGACAGACACCGGGACUUCCGGGAAGGCAAAUACCGACACCGGGACUUCCGGGAAGGCAAAGACAGACACCGGGACUUCUGGGAAGGCAAAGACAGACAUCGGGACUUCCGGGAAGGCAAAGACAGACACCGGGACUUCCGGGAAGGCAAAUACCGACACCGGGAUUUCCGGGAAGGCAAAGACAGACACCGGGACUUCUGGGAAGGCAAAGACAGACAUCGGGACUUCCGGGAAGGCAAAGACAGACAUCGGGACUUCCGGGAAGGCAAAGACAGACAUAGGGACUCCCGGGAAGGCAAAGACAGACAUCGGGACUUUUCGUGAAGUCGACUCAGCUGUGAAUGAGUGCGUGGAUCAGCAGUACAAGAAAUGUCAUGUGUGUAAACUGUUAGCACCGAAAUGGCAGCUCCGGCUGCAUGCUACUCAUGAAGUUGAGAAAGACAAUGGCUUGUUGCUAAAGGCCCAAUAA